GCGUGACAUAAGACCGAUAUGAGCAGGGAUGCACACAACUGGUGCGCAGGUGCGCAUGCGCCACCAAAAUGAAAAAUGCGCGCUGUUAAUACGCUCUAAACGCUCAUGUGUCUAAACGCACCGAUGUCGUUGACCGGGAGUUUACCAUUGAUUUACUUGGAUUAAUUGAACUUGGAGCAAAAAGAACGGCGCGUUCCAUUCCAUAACGGAAGGCCUGGUUAAACUGUUCAACAAUUUAUUCUUGGAUGAAUGGCGGGCAAAGUUAGUCGCUGUUUGCACAGAUGGGGAUGCUGUCAAUGUCGGUACGUACAACGGCAUUUUACCGAAUCUACGGCAAAUGGUUGCGAGCGGGGAUUCCCUUGUGCAUGUUCUGUGCACUGCACACACCCUUGAGAACUGCGUGAAAUCAGCUGAUCAGGGGGUGUCCUAUUGUGUGACGUUUAAUCAAUCCGUUGUCAAGCUAUUACAGUUUUAUUUAUUCAGAGGUGGAGCAAAAAAUAUACAAGUGUUAAAAACACUGUGUCAUGAGAAUGGCAUUUCCUAUUGUAAACUAGGAAAGUUUCAUAACAUCAAAUGGUCUGCAUGGAGGCACGAGACGCUGUUGAAAAUAUGGAAACAGUUGCCUGCUAUAAAGACAGAAUCGUCUAAUACAGAUGACAGCGACUUGAAGUAUAUCUGCACACAACGUUUUCAGUGCUUUCUGGCCAACAUGCUUGACACUGGCAACAUUCUGCAGCUAACUUCCCAAAGGUUUCAGCAGGAAAAACUAACCAUAGGAGAAUGUAAAGAUGAACUAAUGCUAGCCAUUGGACAGUUCACCAUUUUGCUUGAUGGAGAAGGCCAACACAGAAAACAAGCAGUUCACAAUUCAGAAGCUGAUAGAGACAAAGCUGAAUUACUCAGAGGUUUAAUUGAUUGUCUCGCCACGCAUGCGCGGUGCAGGUCAGCAUCAACACUACCUAAUCCGAGCCUCCAAUACCGGAAGCAGAAAUCAGACUCCUUUAGAUCUCUGUUGAUGGACUUUUCGGCUUCCAUAAACGCGCCCGUCAAAUCUGCCGAGGACGGAAGGCGUCCUGCGGUACACAUUAUAACACGCCCUACAUAG